ACACACUGGGUAAACCUAAUUUUCGUGCUAAACUUUAAUGGUGUCCUCCCAUAUCAAGAAGAAGCCAGGGAAACUUCAGGAUUUCUUAAAUAACUUUCGUUAAAGAGCGAACAAAUCAACAGAAAAAGAGCCCUAAGGGUGUGUGUGAUAAACUGAAAAAGGACUUAGCCGUCAAAAUGUCUCAAGACCGGUCGGAACGGAAAGGUUCGCAAAUUGUGCAUGUACGUGAAAAUAGUGACAGUGACUUAGAAGCUUUAUUUAGUUAUGCCAUAAACCCUUCAUCGGAUACAAAUAAAUCUAUUCCACUUCGGAUGCGCAAUCUUCCAGCUUCAUUCUUCCAGCCACCCGAGCCACACCUUCAAACUGGUAAAGAAGGCAGCGCAGAAUCUACGGGUUAUUCCGCAUCAAAUACGACUAGCACACCGAACUUUUCCAUAGCUCAUACACGAGUUAGAUCGUCCCCAGCCAGUUUAUCGCAGACACAGACCCUGAGUACUGCUCCCCCUCCCCCAUGUUCACAACAUGUGAGACAACAUAGUUACGAUCUCGCCGAAGAACCGUUACCGCCUGGAUGGAGCAUAGGAGUUACUGUAGUGGGGCAAAGAUACUUUUUAAAUCAUGAAACACAGACAACAACAUGGCAGGAUCCAAGAAAAACACAGAGUACAACAAAUCUUCUUAAUCCUCAACAGCAGCAGCCAGCACCUGCUCAACAACAACAACAUGCAAUGCAACAACAGCAGGCCGCAGGCGGUUCAUCAAAUCAACCCCCACAAAUUAUCAAUGUGGAUAAAAUCCCAUUACCACCAGGAUGGGAACGGGCAUUUACUAAUGAAGGGGAAUGUUAUUAUAUUCAUCAUGUGGAGAGGACAACAAGCUGGUUUCACCCUUCUGUUCCUGCACAUUUACAACGUCCAACGAUGCGUUUACAGCAAACUGUUCAGCAGCAACAGCAGCAGCAACCAAUGCAGGUGAAUAGCCCAGCUUCAUCACCAAAUGUGGCUCAGUGCCAGGUCAAUAACGCUGAUAGGCACAGACAGUUACAACUACAGCAGUUGAAAAUAGAACGAGAGAGGUUAAAGAAACGUGAGGAGGAGCUAGCGAGACAAAAUAUGUUUUAUAAUUUUCAGGAAUUGAUGCUCCGUACUGGCAACAUACAACCUAAUGACACCGGUGGUGAUAUCGUGAUUUCGCAGGCCAGUGAGAUGACCUCUGUUACUGAUCCAUUUUUGAGUCAAUCGGGCACGUCCGAUCACACGAGGCAAGAAAGUUCCGACAGUGGGCUUGGUGGAAUGGGGACAAGUUAUAGCCUUUCAAGAACUCCUGAUGAUUUCCUUGGCAAUAUGGAAGAAAUGGAUUCGCAAGAUGGGGGACCCAAAAUGCAAGGUCAAAGUGAAUUUGGUAAUAUGGACAUAUCUAAUGUUGGCAGCGGAGAUGGUGGUGAUAGCAAUAUGGAAAGUGAGGAUUUGGUGCCUAGUUUAAAUGAAGCUAUCAGUAAUGAUUUAUUAAAAGAUGUGGAAAAUGUUCUUCAGUCUAAUAAAAUGGACAAUUUAUUAACAUGGUUAUGAGAAUGGCACCAAAAGGAAAGUCAUGAUGGAACAGCGAUAUAUAAAUUUUUAUUCAACUCUAGUUAUCACGUCCAUAUAUUAUUAAUUCCAUAUUGUGAAAUAUAUAUAAAGAUGUAGUUUUAUAUAAAUUCAACAUAAAAAAACCGAAAUAUAUAUAUAUAUAUAUAUAUAUAUAUAUACAUAUAUAUAUAUCAGGGAAAAAAGCUCAAAGUACUAGUUUCAUAGAAUAUUUUGUAUUUUUGAAUAUAAAAAAUCCUGAAAAAAAUGUGAUCGCAAGAAUAUUAAAUAUAUCAAUUUUUUUGUUGAAAAAAAAAAAAAAAAAAUGUCAUUACCUAUUUCUAAUAUUUCUAUUCUGUCUUUGUGAAUUUGAAAAGGGAAAUUCUUGAGUUGGUUUGGGAUUUUUUUCAGUGCUUUUUUUCUUCAGAACUUUAUUCCAAAUUUUGGUACUGAAAAUUAAAAUGGCUACCUCUAUGGCUCCUAGUGCUUUAUUUAAAUAUCAAAAUCAAAAUUUGUUUGAAGAACUACGGCAAAGCCCAGUUCUCUUUAAAGAUAGUAGUCAGUGAUUAGAUGUUUUUAUUUGUGCUAUGUUUAUCAUUUGUUACUACCUCGAUGACUGAAAUUCACCACACCCCAAUAAAGAUAAUCCUUUAUUUCAUUCAUAUCACAUCAUUCAAUAGUGGUUGAAUCAUUUCAUUAAUUCUCAUUCGAUCAUUUUAAUCAGUCAAGUAAUGAAUUUAUUUUAAGCAAUCUUUACCAAAUUUUCAACUAAUCAAAAAACUGUGGUCAAGCAUGUCUGAAUUGGCUUUUGUAGGGCUUUAGUUGUGAGGUAGCCAUUUUAAAUAGUGCUAUUUUUUCUGUUUGUUUCUUGUGUAGUAACUCCAAUACCCCUAUCUUUGUCCAGUAUACUAAACGUUUCAACUUUGUACUAUUAAUUAUUCAACUUACAUAUUCUGAGGUUUUUAAAGCAUGUAUUGAAGAGGUUACGAUUGUAUUUAAAGAGUUAUUUACAUCUCCUGAGAGUUCGACUAAGUAUGAUUUAUUGGUUUUAUAUUCUAGAUUGUACAGAUGCUAGCAUUCAGAUUUAAAUGAAAAAAAACAACAAAAAAAACCUUAAAUUUUUAUUCAAUCUUUAUGUAUAUCCAUAGAUAAUUUAAAUCAGAGUUCAUAUUUAACAUAUUAUUUGGUAUUCAGUUUUUAUGUGGCCUUUAAUUGUAAAAGGUAAUUUAAUAUACAAAAAUCUUGGACUAAUCUUCAGUUUGAAGAGACCUCCCUAGAGUUUUGGGAAAAAAAAAAGAUAAUACAUCCAUAUAUUAGUCUGUGUAGACUGACAUUUGUAACUAUUAUAAUCAUGUAAAGGAGCGGUUUUCAAUUAUUUUAUUUGAAAUAUUUGAAAAAUGUUUCAACAUGUUUAUCAGGCUUUGAAAUCUUGCACCUUUUAUCAUAAAUAUCCCCCUUCAUGAUCUUUGGAUUUCUAAAUUCUUCUGAAAUUGGAAUAGUUCUUUAAGACGAUGAGCUUGCUCUGAUUUAUUUUCUUGUUUUAAAUUUUUAAUUACUUAAACCCGAUAUAAAAAAAGACCCUGUUUUUAUUUUUUAUGAAUUUUUAAUUGUUAUAUUAUUGUCUUAAUGUAAUGAUUUGGUAGAUUGAUAUAUCUCCCAUUAAUAGUUUAAUACUAAGUAUAUAUAUUUAUUUUUACGGCUCUAAUGAAAUGAGGUACUGUUUCUUUCCCUGAUUAUUAUUAUUAUUGUUGUUGAAAUCAUAUUAUAUGGUUAAAAUUUUACAAAGAUACUUUGUAAAUUAAUCUGGAGUUGCUUCAGACCGUUUUCUACGUUCUUCAGAUUGUGAUCAGAAGAUCGAUAAUAUUGCCUUUCUUGUUGUAUCAGACAAACUGAGAAAGUUGCUGCUGCCAAAAUUUGAUGUGUAUUGCCAAGAGCAACUAGAAAACAUUCCAUAUUAACACAAAAUGUCCAUUUCUGGUCAUUUGACCACCAUUAUUGAAUCUUGACGUCAUUAAUGACAUAAGUUCAGCUCUGAUGAAACUUGCUGCUAAAACAAAGCUAAAUAAUUAACCACAUUUAAACCUAGAUUCAACUGCAAAUAAACCGAAGCGUUAAAGCAAAUGUAUAGCCUGUUUUUCUCUUCAAUUCUAGUUGUCCAGAAUUAGAAAAGGUAUUUAUUACGUAAACUAUAUUAUUCUAGUAUUACAUAUUAACUUUAUAACAUAUAAAAUAAAUGUUGUCAUUAAUACAACUAAUCUUAUCAAUAAUGUAGUACUCUUAAAGGAUAGUCAUCCAUUAUGGAUUUAAUUUAAAUAAUAUAUACCUUAUCAUUAUAAUGUAUUCUAUAUGAUGCAUGCUUUCGAAGGCCAGUGUGACUGAAAAAGAGAAAAGUAUAAAAAAUAUUUUCGUGGUUGAGUUAUUUAACCUAUACAGAGUCUAUAUAAUGUUUGCGGUAUUUUUUAGUGUGCAGAAUUCAGCACAAAAACAAAUUGUUAUUUUUCUGCAUUCUUAUAAAUGGUAUUAAUUUUUAUAUCAUAAAUAUAACCAGAAAUGGUUAAAGUAUUUUUAGACGUUACAUUGUAUAUAGUUUGUUACAUUACAUGUACAUAGAUCUCAACAAACAAAACAAAAGAAAUUUAAAUUCAUCAUUAAAUCAUAGUCAAUAAAUAACCAUUAAUUUUUAUUACCAUUACUAUAAUACAGUCGUGUAGAAAAAAAAAAAAAAAAUUUAUAAAAUAA